UAUAAAAGCAUUGAACAUCAAAUUCCCAAACAGUAUUUUCGCAAAAAUGUGCUUCAAGUGGGGUGUUCUCCUUGUUUUAUUGGUGUGUGCUUCUGUUGAUGCUCAGCAACCCCCUGAAGCGAGUCAACCUGCUCCAGGAGGUACACCAGCGGGUGGUGGACAAGGCGGAGACAGAGGCCAAGGUCAAGGAGGCUUCGGAGGAUUCGGCUUAGAUGGUCCAGGUUUUUUCGGGGGUCCGAACGGAGGUCCAAAUGGCACCGAUAUGAUGUUGGUGUUUCCGAUGUUCCCAAGAAUCAACGGAGAAAAUGGUGGAGGAGGAGCAAACGGCGGCAAUGGAGUGGAAGGAGGAAACAACCAGUUCUUCAGGCCUUUUAUGAUGUCCUUCAGGCCUCCAAGCUUUGAGGGUUUCCGACCUGGAGGAGGUCCUCAAUUCCCUGGUGCCGGAGGACCUGGAAGUCCCAACCAAACACCUGCUGGAGGCACUUCAGAGGGUGCUGCUGGUGGAGCAGCAGCACCUGAAGCUACGGAAGGAGCUACUACCGAGACUGAAGGAAGUGAAAGAAGGAGGAGACGGAGACAUACCAUAGGAUGUGCUGAAUGUGGAGGAGGUGGCACUUACGUCUACUCAGUAGUUCCAGCAGUUGGCUAUGGUAGAGGAUACGGCUAUGGAGGAGGUGCUACUGGAGGAACUUGGACGCAUACCUCAGAGGUACAUUCGAGCUCCGGUCAGACCUACAAUAGCGGCUACGACCAGGGAAUUCAUGGUAUACAUCAUGGUCAUGGAAAAAAAAGAUGAAUCCAAAAGACCCAUCAAACUAUCAUAUUGUGUAUACAGUGAAACUACGUAAAUCUAGUUUUAAAAAAACUGUCGUAUAAGUGAACAUAGAAUUUUAAGAGAGUAGAAAGUGUGAUGCUAAAUAAUUGUUACUCUAUAAAUAUAAUUUAUCGAAUUCGAAAAAAGUAGUAAAAAAAUGUUCUGCUUUUAUUCUAAUCCACUGUUCAGACCCCCCAAUGAAAUUUGACACGUCGGUAUCAUCUCUGCGGUCCGCACCAUAUCCUAGUGUUCAGAUUUGUACGCGCAUGAAGAUUUUAUAUUCUGGUCAACAUUCAGAAAAGGGGAUAAACGACGUCGUUCUAUCCUGCACCUUCACCAUUCUUGGCUUGUGAGGUAGCCCUCACUAGAUGAGACUCUAAUGCAUACAAAAUAUAAAAGAAAGUACCUACCGUUAGUGUGGCAGUGUAGAACGCAGCUUGUCCGCAGGGCUAAUACGUUAAACACCUAUUAAACGUCGAAAAAAGGGCAAAAUGACAACUUGCUGCCUAGAUAGCUCCUAGUGUGCAAUUAGUACAUUCCGUGUUUGCUCGCUAGGAGCACUAUGUUGGCUCCAAAAUGCCGAGAUAGUCUGUACAGUAGAGGAAAUGAACCAAAUUUGCGACAAGCGCCUUAUUUCAGACAGUGUUGUGACUUUGUAUCUUUGUAGCGCCAUCUUCUAGUAAUACAUAAAAGUUGUGCACUAAGACGCAGUAGUAUUCAAGAUUUGUUUACACUUUAUUUUUGCACAUGGUUUUGCCGAGACAUCACAACUUGUUACUUGUUCAGAGUUAAAAAUCCUUUUAAAAUUAAGGUAAGUUACUUAGAACAAUUGUCUGAUAUAAAUUUAGUGGUUGACAAAUAACUUAUCUAUUUUCUUUUACAAUAUUGUGAUUUUAUUAGCUACCU